AUGGCUGCCGGAGACCGCGACAGAGACCGAGGCAGAAGCAGAGACAAGGACAUCGAGGCGGCCAUGACCUCGCAUCACCCCUACCCGGGCCCGACGCUGCUGCCCUCGCCCGUCGCCCACGCCGUCACGCUCGCCGCGCGCUCCACCAGCCUCGCCAUCCGCCUCUCCUCCCUCGUCGGCGCCUACUCCCUCGACGCCGCGCGCCUCACCACGCUGUCCAGCCUCGAGCUGGCCCGCGGCAUGGUCGAGGGCGUGCUCGCCCGGGCCGCCGGGGACGUCGGCUCCGGCUCCGGCUCCGGCGGCCAGGCCCCGACGUCUUCUUCGCGCCUCGCCGCCGCCGAGGCCGAGUCCCUCCUCGAGCGCAGCCUCGACGGCCUGCACCGCGCCGUCGCCACCGCCGUGUUCUGGACCUCGGCCGGGUUCCGCCUCACGGGCACGACCCUCGCUGCCGCGAGCGGCGCCUCGCAGGUGCUCCUGUCGUCGCUCGACCAGAUCUUUGGCUCCACCGACUCGUCGCGUGCCGUCGCCGGCGUCAUCGCCCUCGCCCGCCGCGAGUUCAACAACCCGGCCACGGGCGCCUCGGGCGAAAAGGUCGGCGUCAUGGAUCUGGUGCUGGCGCUCGCUGCGUUGGCGUACCUGCAGCGCGCGUGUCGGCGGCUGCCGGCCGAGGAGCAGCGGAGGAGUGCCUGCGAGGAGAUUAUCUGGGAUGUCGUCGUGCUCAAUGAUGGUGAGCGUGUCGACGUCCAGCAGCAGGAUGAAAGGAUCGUGGAGCUGUCCGGCCAAAGGGCGGUGACUGGCGGGGAUGGCUCCAAUGCCCGAAGCGACAUGCAAGACGACGAGGCUGUCCUCUCGCGACUCAAGAACCACAUCGUCUCCUCCCUUGCCCCGGGGACAACCGUCUCCAUCUCCAGCUCUGUGUCGUCCGUGCAAACCAUCACCGUCGACGUCGAGGGCUCAAACCUGCCGUCUCUGCCGACACCACCGGGGGCGGAGAUCGUUGAGACGCGAGGCCCGUCGUCUCAUGGCCUUGUGCCGGACGCAGCGAACCAUCGCCCCUGGACACCGCACGGUCAUCGCCGUCAAGACUCCUACCGCGUCGUGUACCGCAUCGAACGGGACAGGUUUCGCUCGACGUCGCUCCACGGAGAGGAGGACGAGGAGUCUGGCCGGGCAGUCGUCGAGGUGACAGGGGACAACGAGGCGAGCAGCCACCCAUCCACCGACCGCAACGCUGGGUUCUAUAGUCUUGAGCACAAGCCGAGCCACUCGUCGCCGGCGUCGCUGUCGACCUUGGUCACCACGGAUAGCCCGGUCCCCGACAGUGACCCAGACUCGGUUGCCUCGACGCCAGGCAUUGUCGAGGCGUCCACCAAUGUCAACACCAGCAUCAACCACACCAACUCUCGACACACAUCACAGCCGACUCAGUCAGUCUCCUAUCACGAAACCGCCGCAAACCAAAAGAAGCAGCGGUCUCCCCUCACGCCGCCCGCUUCUUCAUCCCGCGCCAACGUCGACAAGGCCCGCCCAGCCCUCGACAUGGGCAAGCGCUCGCUGUCCAAGAAAAAGGGCGAGUCGGUCACUGCGCACAAAGGCUCCGACAAGAAGACGGGCUUCAAGCAGGUCCUCAAGGGGUCCAGCCAGUCCCUGACCAACAUGUGGAACAAGGAGUCUCCGUCCCUCGACGCAACCCGCCCUUCCAAGACGAAGCCGCAAUGGAAAGGGGCGGGCGGCGGCGAGUCGAUACACAGCACAAAGCCUAAGCCCGCAUUGACGUCGCGGGCCCAGACGCAGCAUUCACAACGCGACGCCCCGAAGCGGAACCUGCAAACUCCCGAACCUAUUCCCGGCCGCACCUCGUCGCGCGCCAGCUACGUCUCCAUCCACGAUCGGCGCCGCGACUCCAUCGUCUCCCUGACCGACGCCUUUUCCAUCCACACCAACGGCGAGAUGCGGCCUGCCUCGCCGACCAUUAUACGCACAGACUAUUCCGCGCAGGAGUCGAGCACGCGUCCCCGCAGCGGCGUCUACUCAGGGGACGGGUCGGUGGUGCCAUCGUCGCCGCACAAGACCCGCGGCCACGGGCUCGGCCACCGACGGUCCGCCUCGUACGCGCCCAGCCUGUACAGCCUUGCGACCAACGACUCGCAGUCGUCGCUGGUGCUCUCGUCGUACUACCAGAAGAGCGCGUACCACGCGUCGGACGCGCUCGCGACGCUCCGGCGCGAGGGCUUCGUCGACGGGGCCUUCCCGGCGGGCCACCUGCUGCCCAACAUGGCGCGCUACAUGCGCUUCUCGUCGGCGUGCUACGGGUCGCGCUUCCUCAAGGUCAUGGGCAUCUCGACGCAGGUGCCGGUGCCGGGCGCGUCGGAGGCGUCGACGCACCACGACGUGCGGCACUUUGUCCACCACACCGAGUCGGGUGCCGACAGCAUCCUGCUGGCGUCGUUUGUCGACCCGCAGGGCGGCGCCGACGCGAGCGGCGCGACGGGCACGGGCGUGCCGCUCGUGCACUACAUCUCGCUCGACCACGGCGCCAAGGCGGUGGUGCUCGCCUGCAGGGGCACGCUCGGCUUCGAGGACGUGCUGGCCGACAUGACGUGCGAGUACGACGACAUGAUAUGGCGCGGCAGGCGGUACAAGGUCCACAAGGGGAUACACGCGUCGGCGCGCCGGCUGCUGUACGGCGACGAUGGGCGCGUCCUCGUCACCAUCAGGGAGGCGCUGCGCGAGUUCCCCGACUACGGGCUUGUUCUCUGCGGGCACUCGCUCGGCGGCGGCGUCACCUCCCUGCUGGGCGUGAUGCUGGCACAACCCAACCCGGAGGGUCCCGGUUUCGUCAUCUCGGCCGAGCCGCACGUCCGUCUCAUCGAACCGCCACCGUCAAGCACCGCCUCCGCCCACACGGCGGCCCCCAGCCGGUCGAGCGACAUCCGCCUCCCGUCGGGCCGGCGCAUCCACGUGUACGCGUACGGCUCACCGGGCGUCAUGGCGCCGCCGCUGCGCAAGCUCACGCGCGGGCUCAUCACGAGCGUCGUCCACGGCAACGACCUGGUGCCACACCUCUCGCUGGGCGUGCUGCACGACACGCAGGCCCUCGCGCUGGCGUUCAAGAGCGACGAGAACAAGACCAAGGCGGACAUCCGCGCACGCAUGUGGAGCGCCCUGCGCUCGCGGUGGGCGGCCCCGGGCUUCUCGCAGUACAUGCCCAUGCACGCGGGCGACGGCCACGGCGGGCCGGGCGAGACGGACGAGGAGUGGCUCGCGCCGGCGCUCGACGCGCUGCGGCAGGGCAUGAAGAACGCCAAGCUCGUGCCGCCGGGCGAGGUGUUUGCCAUUGAGACCCAGCGCGUGCUCCGAAGGGACGCCUUUGUGCUGCCCGACGAUGGGCCCGUGGGGAGGCCGGCGAGGCGCGUCGUGCUCAAGUACGUGCGCGACGUGGAGGCGCGGUUCGGCGAGGUGCGCUUCGGCACGGGGAUGCUGACGGACCAUAACCCGGCCAAGUACGAGGAGGCGCUGAACAUGCUGCGGCUGGGGGUUGUGUAG